UUACGCUAUAGUCUGCAGUCUUUCUCACGUUGUCAUUUCAAGCUGUAGACAAACUUUUGAGUAAAUACGUUUGAAACUCUCAAUUUGGACAGUGUUGUAACACUAAGAGUGAUUUUGUAGAAUUUUUAUAGCCCAGUGAGAGAGGUUGUUGUUAUUUUUAUUUUUUUGUAAACAAAAUUAUUAAUUUAUCUAAAAAAUGGCGCCAACAAUCCACAUUAAUAGAUCUUUGAGUGAUCGAGCAAAGCGACCAAGGACGGAAGAGAAAAGAUCAGAAUUGCUAUCCCGAGUCAGGUAUUGCAACACACUACCGGACAUACCGUUUGAUGUAAAGUUUAUCAACUAUCCAUUCGACGCAAAGAGAUUCGUUCAAUACAACCCAACAACAUUAGAAAGUAGCUGCAAGCACGAAAUUCUGACCGAGCACGACUUGGGUGUAGAAAUAGACUUGAUAAACCGUGACACAUACGUCCUGGAUCCUUGUGCUGAGUUGCAUCCAGACGAUGAAAAACUACUGGAGGACGAAGUUUACAUGCCCCAGAACUCAGUCCGAUCACGCUACCAUGCAAAAAGUGUGUCUUGGCUCCGAAGAACGGAGUAUAUUUCAACAGAGCAGACCCGGUUCAAUCCGCAAACCAUGGACAAAGUCGAGGCUAAAGUUGGAUUCACCUUGAAGAAGAACUUCGUUUCGGAAAACCUUUACAAGGACCGUGACAGCCAGAUCCGAGCUAUUGACAAAACCUUCGUGGAUAUAAAGAAACCGAUCAAGAAACAUUACAGGAAAGAUGACGUGGUACCAGUAGAAAUAUUGCCAGUACUUCCAGACUUCGACAUGUGGAAGCAUCCUUGCGCUCAUGUCAUCUUCGAAUCUGAAGCUGUGACGAAGAAAACUUCAACAGCUGAGUAUGAAGCUAUGUCUCAAGCUGUGCUUCGGGGUGUUCAGGAUGAAAAUGGCGAACAGUUUGUUGCUUACUUCCUUCCGCUGGAAGAGACCAUGGAGAAACGCAGAAGAGAUUUUGCAGCGGGGGUUGAGUACGAAGAUGAUGAGGAAUAUGAAUACAAGAUGGCCAAAGAGUACAACUGGCAUGUCAUCCAAAAAGGGGCUAACGGCAAUGAGGAUAAUUAUUUCUUAGUCAUGAGAAAUGAUGGCUUGUACUACAAUGAACUUGACACACUCGUGCGACUCCGUAAGCGUCGUCAAGCUCCUGGACAGCAGCUGAACAACACACUUUUGGCUGUUAAACAUCGUCCAGUUAAUGCGAGUGAGCACAAUAUGCAUUGCAUUCGAGAAAGACAACUUGAACCACCUAAUGAUGAUGAUGAAGAAGAAGAAGAAGAAGAAGAAGAAAAAGAAGAAGAAGAAGAAGAAGAAGAAGAAGAAGAAGAAGAAGAGGAGGAGGAAGGUCAAGAACAAGAAGAAGAACAGGCUGAAGACCAGGAAAAUGAUCAAAAUGAAGGCUCCCAAGCUUCCUCUAGAGCAUCAUCUCGCUCUAGAAGCCGUUCAAAGUCACGUUCUAGAUCAAAGUCUCUAUCCCGAUCUAGAUCUCGCUCUCGAUCAAAAUCAAAUUCUGUCAGUCCAGCAAAGUCUCAUAAAUCUAGAUCAGCGACUCCUCAGUCACGAUCGCCAUCACCUUCUGCAUCAUCUGCACGUUCAAGAUCUGCUUCAAGGUCACCAUCUAGAUCACGCUCAAGGUCAAGAUCUGUCAGCGGAAGUGGUAGUGGUAGCGGAAGUGGCAGCGGCUCUGAAAGUGACUAAAUUAGCUACCUUUUUUUUCAUUUUAAUUAAUUUAAAUAA